GUGGAUAUUUUGUUUAUAUAGUUAGAUUCAAGUCAUUCAAAUAUUUGUAAAUUUCAAUCCAGAUUCAUCCAGUGUUACUUUGCUUCUUGCCUGUUGUUCUAAAGUGUGUGAGACACAGAAUUUUUUAAAAUGUCGAUUGGUGUACCUAUUAAAGUACUUCACGAAGCAGAAGGUCAUGUAGUAACUUGCGAAACAAACACCGGCGAAGUGUACCGCGGCAAGCUGAUAGAAGCCGAGGAUAACAUGAAUUGCCAAAUGACGCUGGUUACUGUUACGUACAGAGACGGGCGCGUCGCUCAGUUGGAAAAUGUUUAUAUCAGAGGUUCCAAGAUCAGAUUCCUUAUAUUACCUGAUAUGCUAAAGAAUGCUCCUAUGUUUAAACGUCAAGGGAACAAGCCAACUGCCGGACGGGGCAAAAGUGCGAUAUUACGAGCACAGGCUGCUGGGCGGGGCCGGGCGGGCGGUCGCGGCGGAGGGCAUCGCGGCGGCUGGCAGGGCGGGUCAGGGCCCUCGCGACGCUAGACCUACUCAACAGCAUCUCUGUAUAACCACACAACAGUGAUAUUUUGUGUCUAAGUAUAAUUAUAUCUUAAGUAGGUAUAGUAAGUUUUAUUUAAGUCCUAAAUAAUAAUACAAAUAAAUUGCAAGCUAUGUUUGCAUUAUCUUGACAAGUAUUUCAACUCAACAUUUCUAGUUUAUCAAUGUAUAUAUGCUGUGGAAUACUUACUAUUGGUACCAAAUAAGGUGUCAGGGUGUGACUUGGUGUGUAAGACUGAUUCACCUGCCUUAUGUGGGCAAGUCAUGUUGUACAGUUUGUGUCAAGUUGAGAAUUGUGAUUGAUUGCAGUAUAUGAUACACAAUAAAGAUUUUCAAAUAAAA